GGCCGCGAAUCCAGAGGCGCUGGAGGCCUCGCCGUGCUCGUCCCUGGACUCGCGCGUGCGGAGCGAGAUCAGCUCCGCGACGACGCUGCUGCUGGCCGCCCCCCGUCCCUCCUCAAGCCCGCCAUCUCGCCCUGCAGCAUCGUCGACGGCCGCCUUCAGCUUAUCGCGAUCAAUUGCCACAACUCCGACCGCGAGAUCCGCGUCCUCAAUGUGCACCACUACAUCCUCAGCGACGCCCGGAAUAUCAGGCUCCGCGACGCGUGGGCUACCCGUGCGCAAUGGUCCAACAGCGACCCGCUCCGCUUCGCGUUCACCGCCAUGGGCGACUUCAACUUCGCCGACGUGCCCUCGCAGUCGCACCUCAUCCCUCAGGCCAGCCAGCGCCGCCUGACCGUCGAGGGCCGCUCCCGACAGAACCGGAGCUUCUGGCGCCAGGUCACCCGCUCUAACGUCGUCGAGAUCAGCCCUGACACCCCGACCCGCUUCUCUAAGCGUCACCAGGCGGGCACCACGAUCGACGGGCUCAAUGUCGCGCCGGACUCCUUUACCCUGUCGGACAUGCGCCUCAGCGACCACGCCAUCAUAAUGCUCGCGAUCGAGACCCGUCGCCCACCAGCGAAGGGCCAGUGCCCCAUCCCCGACUUCGUCUUCCGCUCCAAGCAGUACAAGCCCCUUUCCGCGAAAAUGCCCAGCGGGGCAGAGUUGGGCGCCAUGGCCGACCCUCGCCGCUACGACGUUACAAAGCAGAUCAUGAUCAUGGCCGCCGAACUCGCCCGCGACGGGCCGCAGCGCCUCCCGCUCGGCACAGGGGGCGUGAACGCGCUGGAGAG